AUGGCAAAGAAGUUUAAGGAGGCAAUGGACUGCCUUGGCAUCCGCCACCAGACCUCUAUUGCAUACCAUCCAGAGUGCCAGGGCCUCAUGGAAUGCUCCCACCAAACACUGAAGACAGCCUUAACAAAGUUAGGGGAGACUGGAUCCCCCGACUGGGAGGAAAACUUGCCAUAUGCUCUGUUCGCCCUCUGUCAGGCCCACUCAGAAACGAAAGGGUACAGCCCUUUCAAGUUGCUAUACACUCACUCCACACCCAGGCCCCUAGACAUACUCUAUGAGGCUUGGGAGGACCCCUCCAAGGCCUCCUGGGUGAAAGAGCUGCCGGACAUACAGUGGUGCAAAGUAGUACGAAGAGUUAAGUGGAUCAAGAGACUCAGGAAUGAAGUUUUGAAUUGGGAGACCAAGUUCUGGUACUCUGCAUGGGAGAGCGGAGGCCUCUGA